CACCUCCCAGGCAGGCGGCACAGGCAGCUCAGCUUCACCAGGAGUCUCAGCAGGAACGAACAGCCAAGCAGGAUGAAGCUUUCCACAAUCAUCAUUUUCUGCUUUCUGAUCCUGGGCGUCAGCAGCCAAAAUUGGAGAACAUUCCUCAGGGAAGCUGGUCAAGGGGCAAAAGACAUGAUGAGAGCCUACUCUGACAUGAGAGAAGCCAAUUACAAAAAUUCAGACAAAUACUUCCAUGCCCGGGGGAACUAUGAGGCUGCACAAAGGGGACCUGGGGGCGUAUGGGCUGCUGAAGUGAUCAGCGAUGCCAGAGAGAAUUCUCAGAGGGUCACGGACCUUUUUAAGCAUGGAGACAGCGGCCAUGGAGCGGAGGACUCGAGGGCCGACCAGUUUGCCAAUGAAUGGGGCCGGAGUGGCAAAGACCCCAAUCACUUCAGACCUAACGGCCUGCCUGACAAAUACUGAGCUCCCCUCUCACUCUGCUCUCAGGAGACGGGGCUGCGAGUCCAGAGUCAUUGAGUUCUAUAUCCCUAGAUGCUUUUGGAGGGCACAUAGUAGGUGUCUAAUAAAUGCUUAAAAGAUUGAA